AUGGUGAAACUGGGAGUUAUAAGGAAGCAAGUAGAACCAACACCAGUGGUAAGCAACCUAGUAGUGGUCCGGAAGAAUAAUAAGAUUCGAUUGUGUAUUGAUCCGACAGACGUGAAUAAAAGCAUUCUGCGCAGACACUAUCCACUCAGGACGAUUGAGGAGAUUGCGGCAAGGAUCCGUGAUUCAACUUGGUUCACCAUACUGGACUGCAAGAAGGGCUUUUGGCAGAUCCAAGUAGCCGAGGCGUCCCAAAAAUACUUGACAUUCGGAACGCCAUGGGGCCGCUACUCAUGCAAACGUCUUCCAUUCGGUCUCGCAUCAGCACCAGAGGUGUUCCAGAAUCAUAUCUCAACGCUGCUGGAUGGACUAGAUAACAUGGAUGUCUCGAUGGAUGAUAUAUUGAUAUAUGCAACAAGCGAAGCGAAACUAAAGGAGAUCACAGCGAACGUUAUUGACCGCCUAGAUCGCACUGGAUUGAAGCUGAAUAAGGAAAAGUGUCGGUUCGCCGUUAGAUCCGUGAAGUUUCUUGGACACAUCGUAUCGGCGGAGGGACUGAAACCAGACGACGAGAAAAUUAUGGCAAUCCGAAGGCUGAAAGUACCGGAAACCAAGAAGCAGUUACAACGUUUGCUUGGAAUGAAACCAUUGGAUAAAGCCCCACCACGACUGAAACGCAUCAUUCUCGAUGUCCAACCGUAUGCACCGUCGAUUAUCUACGUAAGAGGAGAGAAUGUACCAAUUGCUGCUACGUUAAGCCGUGACGUUGACAACCCGAAGGAGAAAAACGAGGAUGAGCUAGAGGUUCACGUGGUACUCAACGUGACGAAGCCGUGGAUGGAUCAAAUUGUAGCUGAGACUGAAAGCUCUGAAGUGUUGCAGAAACUAAUUCGCUGCUUACUCGAAGGAUGGCCAGAAGAACUAGCACAUGUGGAUGGUGAUCUCCAGCCCUAUUGGAACUUCAGAGAUGAGUUAUCAACGUAUGAAGGUGUGAUUUUCAAGGGUGACUGCAUUCUGGUACCAGAAUCGCUUCGAAAGAAAGUAUUGAGCCUUACGCAUGCUGGACACUUCGGAAUCCAGUCUUGCAUUAAACGUGCGAAACAGUUAGUGUUCUGGCCUGGCAUGGGCCGUGACAUCCAGCGGUAUGUGGAUGAAUGCAGCGUGUGUCAAAAGCACAGUCGAAGUUGUGUAAAGGAACCGAUGAUCGUCAAGAGGAUUCCUGACUAUCCAUUCCAGAUAGUCGCUUCGGAUAUUUUCCACUUCAACGGAGUAAAUUAUCUGGUACUCAUCGAUAGCUAUUCGGGAUGGAUUGACUUUAAGAAACUGUGCACGAUGGAGUCAUCGGAGGUAAUAGAGAAGCUGGAAACAUGGUUUGCAGUUUGGGGAGUUCCAGAAGAGCUCAACAGCGAUAACGUGGAAUUUCGAACACGAACUCCGCUGCCGAUAGUAGAAGAGAAGCUAAAACCAAUUGUUGUCGAAAACGUCAACAAAUCCCUAGAAGCUGCGAGGCAGAAACAGAAGGACUACUAUGAUCGAGGAGCUCGGAAACGCCUGGAAUUGAAUGUCAACGAUAAUGUACUGGUGCAGAAUCAGUUGACUUAUAUCUGGGAGUCGGGUAAAGUGAUCGCCAAAACGGACACUCCACGGUCUAUUAUCGUUGAGAAAAACAGCGACAUCGUUCGACGCAACAUGAAGCAUGUAAGGAGAUCCGUUGUCUCGAUUACACCUAAACCCGAAGCCAUUAGUGAAGAUGAUCCCGAGAAUCCCGAAGGAAUCGAUCCCGAUGGACCGUCAUCCGAAACUGGAAAUACGCCGUCAUCGUCGCCAGUUGUAUCACCACAGGGUCAACCUUCUCUACCAGUUCUUCAAUCCAAUGAUAGCGGCCAUACGUGA